AACCACUGGAAACUGUGUACUAAUAGCAACAUACAAAUGCAUUGUGGGUAAUUUCUUGCCUGGGAUUUUUUGCACGUUCUCUAGAUAGAAGCUGCAUAAAUACCGCAAUCAUGACGGAUGCAGGGUUCUUUAAGGGAACCACUGCAGAGCAGGACAAUCGGUUUGCAGAUAAAAAGAAAAAACUAUUGAAAUCAAUGAAGUUCGCAGAUGGAUUGGAGAAAAAGGUUGAUAUGAAUAAAGUGAAUGUAGAAACUCUAAAACCAUGGAUUUCCCAGAGAAUCACUGAACUUUUAGGGAUUGAGGAUGAUGUUAUUGUUGAAUUUGUAUAUAAUCAACUUGAGGACAAACAACAGCCAGAUCCAAAGGAUAUUCAAAUUAAUCUUACUGGAUUUCUGAACCCCAAAAACGCCCGGAUUUUUAUGCAAGAAUUGUGGGAUCUGUUAAUAAGUGCGCAGGAUAAUGUUAGUGGAAUUCCAACAAAAUUCCUUGAACAAAAAAAGGAAGAAAUAAAGAAACGUCAGGCUGAACAGGAACGGAUUCAAGCUGGUUUAAGAAAGCAAGAAGAACAUAUGAAAGACAUUAAUAAAGACCGUCACGAUGGUGACAGAAGAGAUCACAGGUCUCAAGAUAGAUCAAGAAGCUCAUCCAGGAGUAGGUCAUCAAAAGAUAGCAGUCAGUCUAGAUCUCCACAACGACCUUCAAUUGAUUCAAAAUCACCAAAGUUGAUUUCAGCUAGUUCCCCUGGCAGUAAAGAGGAACCCAGGCCUUUGGAGCCAAAGCUGGACAUAAUUGAUAUCAAUGAAGAUGCUGAGAAAGAAAAUAUAAAGAAUUUUGACAACAAAAAAAAAAGCGAGGAGAAAGUUACUGUAAAGAAAGAGGUGACCAAGAAAGAUAGAAAAUCUAGAUCUUCAUCUCCUGAAAGACGAGAAAAAAGUCAUUCUAAGAGUCCGAAAUAUCGACGUCGAUCACGUUCUCAAAGCAGAUCUCCUUCACGGCAUAGAUCACCGAAAUCCCAUAAGUAUAACUCACCUCAUAAAUCUCCCCAGAGACGCACUAUUUCUCCUGAGAAAAAGAGAAGUCCACCUUACUGGAAGAGGUCAAUAUCACCAAGGAAAAAGCACAGUUCUCCUCCUCGUAAAAGGAGGAGCCCGUCUCCAAGAAAACCUCGUAGCUCACCUAGGAAAAGGAGGAGUCCAUCACCACGAAAGCGGAGGAGUCCUUCACCAAGGAGACGACAUAGUCCAUCUCCAUGGAGGCGACGUAGUCCCUCUCCUCGUAAGAAAAGAACUAUUUCACCUAGGCCUAUCAGCUCUUUCAGAAGAAGAAUAAGCCCAAAUCAGAGAAAAUGGAUUGGAUCAGCUUCACCUAAUCCAAAUAAUAGACGUUCUCCACCAGGGCGCCGUCCUAUAAGAAGGAGGUCUCCAAGCUCCAGUUCUGUUUCCAGUAGUUCAUCUGAGUCUUCAUCAAGUUCAAGUUCAGCUGGUAAAUCAAAGCGCACUACUGAAAAUUCCAGAAGGGAUAAUAAGCAAGGUCAUAAUCAUGAAUCUGCAAAGGCUGCUUCUCCUGUAAAAUUAGGUAUUCAACAGCGACGCCAUUAUAGGACUCAUGAAGACACUGUUGAAAGUUCAACCUCUUCUUCUUCUGAAGAUGAAGAACCACCUCACAAAGAAUCUCGAGACAGAAGAGAUAAGAGAUCAGAAUCACCAAUACGAAAUCGUCGUUAUCCAUCACCUUCUCGACCCAGAGACAGAUAUGGUAGGAGAGACCUUAUCCGUGAUCCUGGUUCCCGACGAAUUAGGAGGAGGCCUUCUCCAUAUUCUAUGCGCCGGUCACCCUAUCCAUAUGCACCUAGAGGCUGGUCUCCUCAACAAAGAUAUCGCAGGUCACCUCCUCGCUAUGCAUCUCCUAGACUUAAAAGGAGUCCACCUCACUCUCCAAUGCGUGCUAGAGAUCGACCUCGCUCUAAUCGUCCUCGAGAUAUUUCUAGAUCUCCAUCGCCAAGACGCCGAAACAUUCCUUCACCUAACCAGAUGCGGCGAAGACAUCGAAAGGUUACACCAGAUUCCCCUCCUCGUCAGAUGAGGCAACAUUCACCAUAUGCUAGGUCCCCUCCCAGGAUGAAAAGAUCACCAUCACAUUCACCACCGCCACCAGUACGUCAGAGAAGAAACAUCUCGAAAUCUCGCACUCCUUCUCCUCCUCGUAAAGUAAUUCAUGGUGACCACUCGUCAUCAGAAUCACCACAGAGAGUAGUAGUGAAAAAGGUCUUGCCAGGAGCUAAGAGAGAUCGUAGUGAAUCGGAAUCUCCCGUUUGCCGUGAUGCUUCACCUCAAAUGUCUGUAAUGACAAGGCGACAGAUUCCAGCAACACAACAUCAAUCUUACCUGAAACAAAAAUCUUCUUCAAUGUCGGGUUCUGCAUCUCCAUCACCUGAACGUUUCCGACAAUCACCAUCACCUCUUCGUCAAAGAACAAGUAAAACUGUAACAGUACAUCAACACUCAGAGAAUCUAUCUCCUGUGGCAUCACACCAAAGAAAAGUUCAGGGUGUAUCAGCAUCUCCAGAAAAAGUGAACACUUCAUUGAAACUCCCCAAGAAACGGUCAUUAUCUCGGAGUAUGUCAAUGAGUCGUAGCCCCUCUCCAGUUCUGUCCAGAAGGAAAAAAUCAUCAUCACCUCCAGCUAAAAAAGCUCGGGACGAUGUUGAAUCAAGCAAGUUAAGAGAUUCCCCUAAAAAAACUAAAAAUUUACCUAAAGAUCAACAAAGGUUAAGUAGUCAAGAUUCGUAUAAGUCAAGACCACUUUCUUCAAACUUAUUAGUUCCAGAACCUGUUUCUGUUGACUCAAACCAUCCUUCUCUUGAAAAGGUGUAUCAGGAUGACACAAUGUUCCAAGAUUCUUCUGAAUCUCCAAAGAAAAAGCUAAAAACAGAUUCAUCAGAGAAAAAGAAAAAGAAGAAGAAGUCUUCCUCGUCUGAGGGAUCCGACAGUGAUGCUGCAACAAAGAAAAAGAAAAAGAAGAAGAAGAAGAAAAAGCACAAGAAACAUAAGAAGCAUAAGCACAAGAAGGGCAAAGAGGAAGAAGAGGCUGGUUCUGAUAGUGCUGCAGAGCAAGAAAAACUGGAACAGUUAUUGAGAGAAAAAGCAUUACAGUCUCUGAACAAGGCCAAAACCAAUCCUGCCACAUCAGGCAAUGAAUCCAGUUCUGGAACAUUUCAUAUUCCAACAGAAUAGUUAUUGAACUUCGGUAGAAUGUGACAGCAUUUUACAGUCUGUGUUACAUCUUACUAUACCAUCACUAUCCAUGCUGUUGCUGCUGAUAUUACUACUACUAUUACUUAAAAUAGUGAUCUUAUUUGUUUUGCUGCCUUGAACAUAUCGUAAAUAAUUAUUUACUUAAUAAAGUACUGGUGCAGAUAAACUGGUAAUCUAAAUAUUG